UGAGAAAAAAAUUCGCCAAGAGGUUUCAGACCGCCUUUAUCAAAGAUUAAAGACCAUUGAUUGAACUUUGAAGACAAUCACGAAAGUUAAUUUUCUUAUUAAAGCGUGUUGAAAAUUAAUGAAUCCAAUAUUGCCGGCGUGCAAUUUGCUGAAGUGUCUUGGUGAAAGAACGCUCAACUAGAAAUGUAUUAUUUAAUCCACGGGUUGUCGGCCUUCCUCGAUACACAAUCGAUGCUGUCCGCGGUUGCUGUUAAUCGACAGAAUUAAUUUAUAACAAAAAAAAAAUACGGACAUGUUAAUUGAAACCGCACGCGUGUAAAUGCGUAUAGAUUUCAACGUAGAUAAAGAAUCGAUUUUUCCAGCGUUGAUUAAUAAUUAAUUGCCUCUCCGUCAGGAUCGUUGUAUUCUCGCUGUAAUAUAGAUGCUAAUUAGUGAUUCAAUUGAUUACGAUUGCCGUCAAUCUGUGAAGAGAAUCGGAGCAGACUGAUAGAAUCUUGGGAAGAUACAAUUGUUGCGCAGGAGAAAAUCAGUUUCGUUAAAUAAACAAUCGGCACAUCUGCGCAUCAUCUAGUAUUUGCGCGUCGCGAAACUGGCUACGUGAAGAAACCGAUAUGCGGUUUCCAAUUACGUUCUUCUAUCGCGAGCAACGAGUCGAUUUCCACUUCACGGUAGCUGACGCGUAAAAACGCCUGCGACAACAAGCUGAAAUUCAAAUAGAUAAGAACGAAAUAGAACGCUCAACCGAUCACACGUCGUGACUGCAAAAUAUUCAUUGAAUUAAUUAAUCGAAAUUAUUUUCCACCUUGGAAAUGUCUCGUCACUUGACAAACAUAAUUUCGUUUCAUUUAACGUUAUAUAAUGCGAUUUUACUUAAUUGGAUUUUGGCAUUAUUUAAACUAAUUUGAUUUGAUUUAUUUUAUUUUAAGAAUCAGAUGUGGAACGACUUGAAAAACAGGGCAGGAUUAUUCUAUAAAUAAUUCUCGAAAAAAAAAGAAAAAAAUUUGCAUGGAGAUGUUUUUAAAAAGCCAUCAAUAAUUUCAUAUUUGUUGUCGCUCGUUGAAAACGCUGAAUCGCGAUUUAUUCAGUAUCAAUAAACACUUAUAUCAUUUGACGUAAGACCACGUAUCAUCACAUCGGCAAAUCCUGCUUACAUUCACCAAAUUUAUGUGACUGAAAAUUUCUGGUUUUUUGUUUUAAUGUCUCACUUUUUCAUUUACUUAUUUAUUUUGAUGCCUCACGUCUCAUAAUCGCUAAAAAUCACCAAGUUAUUUUCUCAGCAGUUACGUUAUGAAUCCGAGUGUGAAUUUAUUAUCUAAAUUUAUGAUUUAAGGCGAAAUGUGUGUUCGAUUCGCAUUUAAUUUAAUUCAGCACAUUUUACGGUCGCGCAUUGUUGUCCAAUAUCGUGACGAGUUUCGCGAUAAGGUCGUGUUACAAGCAUCUCGCGUGAAUAACUUUUGUCGCAGUGCGCCCAGCGAGAUAAUGAGAUUUAAUACGCGAUACGGAGCGCGUUAUCUAAUCUGGGUAUCAUUUAAAGCGUGGCAGAGGGAGAACGAGAAAUAAGUGACGAUUUUGCGAUUUCCGAUAAAAAGAUUUGGAGAUUUUUCUCUUGAGCAUUUUUUAUUAUCCCGAGUGCUAAUUAUUUCCCCGCUCUUUCCCGUCCUUCCGUUACAUCUAUUACUUCGCUAUUACGUUAAUUGUUUCUUCAUUAUGUCAAUUAUCCCCCCCGCUACGUUAAUUGCUCCUCGCCUUUUCUCUCAAUAAUUACUUUCCAAUAAUUAUGUUAUUUGCUUAUUUUCCACGUUAAUUACUGUUUAGACUUUUAGACUUUUAGUUUUCAUUAAAUGUUACGCGUUUCUUUCUGUUUUAACGUACCGAUAAAAAGUAUCAACUAAACUGUAACCUUUUAGGAGAGUCAUUUAUCAAAGUUUCUUUUUAAAAGUUCUUAUGGAUUACAAUCACGUGCAGAGAGAAAAGAUAUCAAAUAUUCUAGACGGCAAACGGCAGCUGCGCACCGAAUUCUUCUUUUAAUUAAACUCACCGUGCUUCGCAAAUGUUAAAAUUAGCCCGCGACAUUCAGAAAAACGUCCGUACAACAAAACAAAAGCUCGUACGUCGCCGCGGGGGAUGAGUGCAUCUUACUUUUUUCACAGUCGUCGUCCGUCGUCGUCACUGCGCGCGCGAACGGACGAGCGAGCGAGCGAGCGAGCGAGCGGGAACGCGUGCGAGUCGAAUGCGUGCGCCGGUGUGUGUGCAUGCGUGCGUGCCUGUCUUUUUUUCGUAAUCGCCGACGUGUCGGCGGCGCCAAGCUAGAAGACGCGGAGGAAGGCCGACGACCCGUUAUAAAUGGAACCAGAGAGACGGCAUUUCUCGAAUCGCUGCUUGUGUUGUUAUUCGCAGCGCAGCGCCGCAGCCAAGCGAGCACGUACGAAAAAGUCAUCCUCGCUUCCGAGGUGCGAACGAGGGAACCAGCGCUGUAAUUCCGAAACGCGAGCGGGCUAUUGAAUCCGAUGUAAUCGACGGGAUGAAGGAGACCAGCGGUAGGAAACGGAAAUCCAGGAGAAACCGGAGUAGAAGGGGACAAUUCUAGAGUUCCGAUAAAGAGCAGCUGGCAGGCGGUUUAAUUAGCACGCGAAGUCGUGAGGUAUUGACACUCCGUAUCGAGAGACGGGGAAUUAACGGUUGCCGAUCAGUUGAAAUCCUCGGCUUUCACUUGUGAAAAUAAAUAUCACAAGUGGCAUUAUUAUUAGCCUUUUGAAAAUUCUCUAAGCGAAGGGAGGCAAUAUAUCGGCCGACCGAUAUAUCGCUCGGUGUGAAUUAUCGAAUAGUUGCAGCUGAGCACAAAGCUCUUCUGAAACAAAGGUUCUCCUAUGAGAAUCUCGUCGCUGGAGAACGAAAGAAAAACGAGAGAAAAACAAACUGCGCGUCACCUUCAAAAUACUCGGAAAUCGCGAUAAGAUAGCGACGGCCGUUCGUCGCAAAUAAACAGUUGCCUUACGGCGCGCUCUCGACGAGUCGCGAUUCCUGGACGAAGGACGCGCGAUCACGGCGACCGACUGCACCGAGCUGCGAGUUUCAAAGUGGAUCACCGACGCGGGAUUUCACAAGAUCGACGUGUCGUCUAAAAAAGGCCGGCUGUGUGUUACUCAACGCGCGCUUUAUCGCGCCAUUAAGGAUCGCGCGGGGAAGAACCGCUCGUCGAACGUGCCGAGCCGAACUCGUAAUCGCGAUUACGUACGUUCAUCACGCCAGUGAAUCGACGCGGCUGUCUAUACGUCGACCAGCUCGCCGCCUCUUCGAAGUCGCCGGGAAUCAACAGGAAUCGACGCUACCAUUAAUAGCUUUCUGAGUAUCUGAAUAGCAACAACUUCGGCCGACGAUUGACUGAUAAUUGAAUACCUGGUCUCUCGGAGUAAAGUAGCGAGAGUGAGAAGAAAGCGUUAAAUAUCCUCACAUGUCAAAGACUCUGUAUUUUCUACCGAUGCUUUUUGUAACUUUUCUUGCGUGUCCGGGAGAAGCCGGCAGUAGUCGAUCGGCGCAACAAUUAAAUAGACACCGUCGCGGCGCGAGAAAGACGAAAAACGGAUCCAAAUACCGUUCAUGUUAUUAAGGACGAAAUUUUAUAGUGCGCAUCGGAAAUUAAUUAGUGAUAUCAAUAUAAUUCGCCGUAAUAACAUUGCCGUGGAAUUAAACGGCGAUGAAUCGAGCUGACGGUUGAUCGGUCAGCACAGUUAAUCCCGUAUUUAAUUUCGUGAGUGUGUUCGCAAUUGUCGCGAGUGCUCAAGAAGAAGGACAUCGGGCCUUUCUUCGCGCGUGUGCAUAUAUGUAUGCACGCACGAGUAGGUCAAUGUCCUGACGAGGACCUGGAUGUGAGUGCGGCGGUUAAAGUGCAGAGUGAUGUAAUUGGCGCAUCCGUCGCAGAGGCGAUUUGUGAUGCCAGCCCGAAUGAUACUUAAUUCACGCAGCUGAUGACAAACGUAAACAGGAUCAAGGUGGUCGUCCUCGGCGGCCCCAGAGUCGGCAAGUCAGCCGUGGUAGUGCGGUACUUGACGAGGCGAUACAUCGGCGAGUACAGCUCGACCAGUGAUUUUCUGUACCGGCAUAGCGUCACUAUUGACAAUGUCACGACGGAAGUCGAGAUACUCGACACUUCCAGGUGCGAGGAGAACGGCUGCCUGUACUCGCACAUACGAUGGGGCGAGGCCUUCGUCGUGGUCUACAGCGUGACGUGUAAGCGGAGCUUUCAGGAAGCUCGCGGACUUCUCAAGCAACUCGCGGAUCUACGCCUGCCAUCCUACUUCACCGCCCUCCUACUCGGCAACAAGCGAGAUCUGGAUCAUGCACGAGAGGUGUGCGUGGACGAAGGUCAACAGUUAUCCUUGGCGCACGGAUGUCAGUUCUACGAAGUGAGCGCCGCGGAGAGUCCUGCGGGAGCAGCGUUGGCCUUUCAAGCGCUGCUGCGGGAGGCGCGAUCGGUUCAGCUAUUGCGGGCGUUGCCGAUCCGCAGGAAAUUGGGCGUGCAUUCGGUCUCGAGGGUCCUUGGCACGAUCUUCGGCAAGAAUACCACUAAAGAUCGUAAGAAAAGGCCGUCGUUGAGCAUAUGACGCCUUCUAUGCGCCCUCCUUCUCGGUGGACGAGACGAGCCGUGCAAGAGGACCGACAUCGUUGUCCUCAGCAGCAACGUCUACUCCAAUCGCUGACGAGGUCCUCCUCGGCAAGGACAACGAAUCUCUCAUCGAUCUUGUGCCUUUCUAAAUUCUAAAGAGAGGCCGCCACACAUUAUCAGGAUCGGAAAAUCAUUUUUGAUUUUCGAUUGGAAGUGUCCUUUGACAAGAGAGAUCCUUUACGAAGCAUUUUGACGAAAAAUGCAUUCGUUAGUGGCGAUCAAGCUCUCGAGGUUCUGAAGCAUUCGGGGUCUGCAGCUCCGAGAAUGUAAGACUGAUUUUCUGGCGUUAAUAACACGCAAGAUUUAAGAUACGAGGCCCCGGCAGUUCGACAUUACGAAUUGUUGAAGUAUCUUAAAGCUCUUCAUAAUCUGGCAGCUGAAAGAUCUUGGACUAAAGACUUCGAGAAGAUUCACCUGGAGGGCGACAUCAUCUUUGAAGAAAACUGUUUCGAGUGCCGAAGAAAGACGUGAUGUUCGCGUAUGAUCCCGCUUUCAGUGACGUUGACGAAUUCUCAAAGAAGCGAAUCAACGCGGAACUCAGAGAUAGUUCGUGGUGUGUAUAAAGGUACUUAUUUUUUUUUAAAUAUUACGAUGACAUUUCACAGUGAUUACAAGUGACGGGCAAGUUGUUCCUGAACGGCAUAGUCCUUAAGACGAUUUAUCAGGAAUGAUCUUCCGGUUGCGAAGUGCCUCGCACCAACCGGUUCCGCGAGUGUAAAUUUUAUAAUUUGGGAUACACACAACACUUGCACAUCACUCGGUGUUUAAGUUAUUAUGACGUUACUGACCCUAAACAGUAUAAUCUUUUCCGUAUUAUUCUUAUUAUAUUUAUUAAUCUCUCGAACACUUUGAAAAAUAUUUGUGCGUAAUUUAAAAAAUUCACAGUUUUCACAUUUCCGAAUCUCUUCAAUCAUAGUUGUCUUUUUUUAUAAAUUAUAUUUUUAAAAUCGAAUAUGUGACGUUGAUGAGAUUUUAGUUUUGUAAGAUAUUUUAUACUGUUUAGGGUUUAUAUAUUUUUUUCGAUGCUCCCGAACGAAACCCGUGAGUCUUUCAAAUUUUUGAUAUUUCCACCGAGUGGAAGAGAUUCGAUUCGAUUUCCUGCCUAUCGCCUUAGUUGUUUCUCGAAGGUGUUCGCAAGCGGCUUGUCGAGAGCGAACCGUAACACCUUCACCGCCAGGCGUGAUUGAUUCGAUGACUUUAAUGUUCCUAAAGAAAGUAGCCUAAGUGUAAAUAUAGCGCACAUGUUCGCUUAUCAUACUCUGCGGAGAGUCUCGGAGACUUGAGUAAUCAUUAAGAUUUGCAUACGAGAGACGAUAAAUAGAGCGCGGAUGUUAGAAUACUGAACCCAUUAAAUACCAUUCUUACUGAUUUUUUUACAAUGAAGACUACAGCAACAAAAGAAUUAAAGUAUAGAUGAAUUUUUUAUUUUUUAUUUUACCGCAAUUUCCAUUCUUUUCGGAAAAGAAAAAGUGAAACCAUAAGACGGUUUUAAUGGGUUAAAAAAUAUCAACGAUUGCUUGAAUGGCUGCCAUGUUAAAUUUAUUAAUGAAGAUGAUCAUCGUGAAUCUCGUCUACUUUAUCAUAGAAAGUAUUUGCUUUCUUGCUACGCUCUGCAAUUGCGCGCGAUGUUUCGCAAAUCGACUUCUUUUUUUCUACGACAAGCAUAGAGACUACGAUCGACUUUUAAGGUUCGCGUAGUUCGUAAAUAUUUUCAGUGCCUUCCGGACGACAUAAAGUCCGUUGUGCGAUGUCUUUUUCUUCGGCUAACGUGCUUUUUGAUGCAAGUGUUUAACAAAAAAAAAAAUAACUUUAUUUACAUUACGUUUGAGAAAAUAGAUGGUUAACGAGCAGUAAACUGUGUGAUCUUUUCAAGCGUCAGCAGUUUUUAGUGGGUAGAAAAAGAUCGUAAAACGGACUCUUAAAGUUGGCUUCCUCGAACGAGGGAAAGUUUAGCGGAGCGCGUAUCUCUCUUUUUUUCACGAUACAUUCCACUUAAAAUUAGCGUCUAAUGUGUGUGAGUGCGUAAUUCGAUUUCAGGCAGAUGUCGAUCGCUGUAUUCGAAGUGCUAGUCACUUGUUAUCGAGAGAAGAUAAUAAUAAAGGAGCAUCUUUUGUUAAACCUCGUCAAGUCGAAUCCCCCAUCGUCCGCAAUCCAUCGUUUCCUGUAUCCUCAUAGUCGCCAGUAUUCUGUAUCCCACGAGUCGUUGAUAGUCAUCGAAGGAUCCACUUGCCAGUGAAACACACGCCGGUUACUACCACGCAGCCAGCCGUCAAGAGCCUGUUCCGCUGUUCGUCUUGGAGCCCGUGCAGCUCGAAGCAUAUCGAAAGAUCAUGUUUCCAUGGGACUCGAGAUGCAUCUUUCAUCCCAUGACGACGCGAACCGAGAUCCUCCGCGCAAACUACAAAUUAUAUAAUGAGAAUGAAAUGGAGAAAAAUGAUAUUCGUGGUGCGACGUCACACGUGCGAAGAAACUUUAUACAGGCUGGGCCAUCGACUGUUUCAAGUGUGUCUCGAUCGAUGGCGACAACAAACCCUG